CAAACUGCACCGGCCGUAGCGGUGCCCACCCUUUCCCCUCUAGCGAUCCGUAGGAUGCUGCCCUUUGACCCGCCGCGGCGGGGUGAGAGGUCGGGCGGCCAUCUUGUGGCGGCGGCGGUUUGUUGUCGGUGAGGCAGCGUCGCGCCCUCCCCCGCGGGCGGAGCAGGCCGCGGCGCCGGCCCGGCGCCAUGUCCUCCUUCUCGGAGUCGGCCCUGGAGAAGAAGCUGUCGGAGCUGAGCAACUCCCAGCAGAGCGUCCAGACCCUCUCGCUGUGGCUCAUCCACCACCGCAAGCACGCAGGGCCCAUCGUCUCCGUGUGGCACCGGGAGCUCCGCAAAGCAAAAUCAAGUAGGAAGCUUACCUUCCUAUAUUUAGCAAAUGAUGUCAUCCAGAACAGUAAGAGGAAAGGUCCUGAAUUUACUAGGGAAUUUGAAUCAGUUCUUGUGGAUGCUUUUUCUCAUGUGGCCAGAGAAGCAGAUGAGGGCUGCAAAAAGCCCUUGGAACGAUUGCUUAACAUAUGGCAAGAAAGGAGUGUGUAUGGCAGUGAGUUUAUACAACAAUUGAAACUUUCUAUGGAAGACUCCAAUAGCCCCCAAACUAAAGUUGCAGAGGAGAAGAAGUCUCUAAAGCGGACUUUUCAGCAAAUACAGGAGGAGGAAGAUGAUGAUUACCCUGGGAGCUACUCACCCCAAGACCCUAGUGCUGGGCCGCUUCUGACUGAGGAUUUGAUCAAAGCCUUGCAAGACUUGGAAAAUGCAGCAUCAGGAGAUGCAACAGUGCGGCAAAAAAUUGCCUCCCUGCCUCAGGAAGUUCAAGAUGUAUCGUUACUGGAGAAAAUUACAGACAAAGAGGCAGCAGAACGUCUUUCGAAGACGGUGGAUGAAGCAUGUCUGUUACUAGCAGAGUACAAUGGACGGCUGGCAGCAGAGCUGGAGGACCGGCGCCAGCUGGCACGCAUGCUGAUCGAGUACACGCAGAAUCAAAAGGAUGUAUUGACAGAAAAAGAGAAGAAGCUAGAAGAAUAUAAACAGAAGCUUGCUCGGGUAACUCAGGUCCGCAAGGAGCUGAAAUCCCACAUCCAGAGCCUUCCAGAUCUGUCGCUGCUGCCCAAUGUUACAGGAGGUCUGGCACCUCUGCCGUCUGCUGGUGACCUGUUUUCAACAGACUAGAACAAAUGGUAUUCUCCAGUUUCCAUUAUUACCAGCAGAAGUAAGAAGACUGGUGUUGACUGGAAAUCCAGUCUUCCAAGAUCUACCGUAGGAAGGAACCUGUAGACCCUGCUUUCAACCUCUUGGCUGCUCAUGCUCACCCUCUCUCUGUGUACAUUGGCUCACGCUGAGGGGAGGAUAAAGAGUGAGUUUUUUUGCGAGCUCUAAAGGAUGUGGGGAUAGUCCAUAUAGGCAGACUUUUUUCACAUUUUUCCCCAUACUCUUUCUGUAUGCUCUUAGCACUUGUUACCCCCACAAAAGUCAUGAGAAUCAUGUACAUAUAUACCUGGAAAGUUUUUAAAGAAAGGUUGACCAUAUAACAUUUUUUCUCUAUAAAAGUGUGUAUUAUUUCUGAAUCAGUCUUGUCUGUUUUAGUUGCGUUUCUGAACCUCAUAUCUGAGAACAGUGGAGAGGCUAGUGGGCUUCCCAGGGAUGUGUAUGUGUGCAGAUACUGUACCAUGCCAACGUAAGGAAAAGGUAUCUAUUGAGCAAUGGUGCAGAUAAAUAUUUUCUUAAAUCUACAGUUCCUCAUACUGUUGUAGGGCUGAUAUGAAGGUAGUUCCUAUUUGGCAUGUACAUAAAUUGAGACUUGCCACAGACAAUAAAAAUAAACAGCUUUUCUUUGUGAAUUAGAGAGAGCUUCAUAAUUUACUCUCUGCUGAGCAGUGCAGAACUGGAUAUUACUUAAACAAGAGUGGAAGUAAAUUUUGUUCUAGCUACCUUAGAUUUAUACCACAUUUUCCUUCUCUAUUACACAAAAGUAGAUGGUUACAGAAGCUUUGGUUUAACUAGCAGAGAGGUUGGAAUAGUGGAUUGCAACCGGUGAUAGCCCUGUGACAGGUACUGUCUGAUUUACUCUGAGGAAGAUUACAUUGAAAAUAUUCUAUAAAUUCUCUCUAUAGCUUUAGUGAAGCUAUUUGGUGGACAGAAGUUAAAUGUGGUAUAAAUAUUUAUUUAUAUAGAAAAUAGACCCAUAUGUAUGCACAUAUCCUGUAUGUAUACGUGCCAUGAACAUGCAUGUAGAUAUUAGAAGGAUGUACUUAAUUUUGUGUCACAGAUUAAUGUGAGUUGAUUUUAUUAUUGGGAAAAGUCAAAAAAACAAAAAACAAAAAAAAAACAAAAAAACAAAUUUAAAGUACUCUUUAAUUCCAUAAUUCUGCUAGCUAAUGUUUUAACUGCCAUGGAUGUAAUUAGAUUUCAGUUUGUGUGUUAGCUUUAACAAGCUGGACUCUCUAAUCAUUAAAAACCAUUCCAAUCUGGCUAACAAUUCUGUUUAAAUUUAGCACCUAUCACUAUAAAACAUCUUAAGUUUCUGGAAACACUUGAUCUGAUAAUACAGGUUUUGUAACACAGAGGCUGAAAUUAGCUGAAGUGAUGUGCUGUGUUUGUGCCUCCCUAUAGUCUUAAGCUGCUGUUGUCAAAGACAUGAGAGGAAACCUACAGAAAUGCAAAGCUUGUUCUGCGUUCUUAUUAAUUUAUUUUACAGGGUAUUCAGUAGCAUAUUCAGCAUUCAGUUAAAUAAUACAGCGUUUUUGGUCAUUAAGUUGUCAAAAAGCUCCUGUGCUUUUCUUACUGACACUUCACUUUGUCGUCGUUGUGUCGUCGUGUCCCGUCCCCGUCCCCCCCCCCCCUGCUUUUUUUGUUAAACUUCUUGCAUCCUUACUACCCAGCCAGGAAAUAUGCUUUCCCUUUAGUUUACAGGAAAAUUCCGGUGACAGAAAUACUUUUUCCAUGAAUUGGUGUGAUUUUGCAGCCCUUUAUGGUCCAAGCAAUAUUUAGAUUAAUGCACUGUAUAGUCUAUCUGCUUUUGCCAAAAAUCAAAAACAAGAAGAAACAAACCUCAAAAACCCAAACCAAAAGAUCCAUUUCUAUCCUUUUUCAGCUCAUGGUGUUACCCUGAGGCUGUUUUAACCAGUAAUUAUUUUGACCAUUGAUUGAAUGUGUAUCCAUUAUAGAAAAAAAAAUUAUCAUUAAAAAAAAAUUAUGUAGACAAAUGUAUUGACAUCUCACACUGUUGUUUUGAGCAGAUCUUCUGUGAGAAAGCUGUAUGUCUUUUUUUUUUUUAAUUGAAAUGUUUUUUUCCAAAUAUACAUGUGUGUUUUAUUUUGCUUAAUUUAAAUGAAGUCUCGUUGUUUUUAAUUUUAUUUGCUUUACUUUUGGGGCAAAGGGCAUCUGGUGAACUGGGUGAAAUUCUCUCAAGGUUAAACAGAUUUCCCCAAGGUGUGUCUUUUUUUUAACAAAAGCUUAAAUCUGUAUAUGAAUUGAUUUUUAGGAAUUAAUUUAGAAGUAUAGGCUGCCAUUUGUGACAGCAGUAUAUUCUGAAAUGUCUCAUAGAUAUCUAUUUUUGAAUAAAGAGGGUGUCGUUGAAUAGUA